AUGUUCACUCGCUUGUCUAUGUUGCUUUUCAUUGCCAUCAUCCCUACUUGUCUCCAGUUUGCACAAGCAACACAGGAUGCCAAUGCUCUCGUAGGACUGCCGCGACCAGACUCAACAGAAAGAACAUCGCCGCUCGACGUGGAUAGACUGAGCUCAGUCCUUCCGAUCCACGACCAAAACGGCUCUGCACCGCGGUCGAGCAAGGCUAUAGCAGAACUCAAGUCUAGAGCCUUCGGUCAGCAACAGCGCAAUAGGAACUGUCCCGCCAUCUGGAAGACAAUCGCUGCCGAUCUCAAGCUGGAUUUUCUGGGUUGCAAUGACCAUGCAAGAUCAGCUGUUCGUUUUGCUUUCCACGAUGCUGCUGGCUAUUCAUCACUCAAUACCCUGUACGGCCCAGCAAGUGGAGGCGCCGAUGGCUCGCUUCUCCUCAACGACCAGGAGAUCUCUCGAGACGCCAACGCACCUAUGAAGACGUUUCGAGAUAAUUUGCUUCUCCCAAAGUACAACACUUACAAGUCUUCUGGGGUUGGCGCUGCAGACAUUGUCCAGUUCGCGGGUGCUAUCGGGGUGAGGAGCUGUCCCGGUGGGCCAAGAUACAAGACAGUCAUCGGUCGGACUGACGAUAGCAACGCAUGUCCAGACGGAACCUUGCCUGCUGCGUUUGGGGCGAAUUCCUCGUACUCAGCGAUAGUGCAGCUCUUUGCACAGAAGGGUUUCAAUGAACGGGAUUUGGCGGCACUGUUGGGUGCGCACUCCACAUCAAGAGCUUUUGCUCAGCAGCAAAAUGGGAUUCCUUCUGGCCGUCCGCAAGACAGCUCGCCCAAUGUGUGGGAUACCGCCUUCUAUCGACAGACACAAGCCUCUCAAGCGCCGCCAGGAGUGUAUCGUUUCGAUUCCGACGUGAACGUGGCACAGCCUGAGACCACGUGCGGUAAAGCGUUUACGGACUUUGGGAGCUCUCCGCCUACUGAUAUUGGCUCAGCUGUCUGGGCUACAGCCUUCGCGGAUGCUAUGUACAGGUUGAGCGUACUUGGGAUUUCGAAGGAUGUUGUGUCCGGGCUCGUUGAUUGCACAAGUGCUGUCCUUUAG